AUGGAAGCUCUCCUUCACCAGUCCAAGGGCGUCUGUCCUUUCCUGAAGAAAACCUCGCCUGCGACUUUGCGCUCUCUCUCCACCUCGACCCGCCAGUCGCCGGGCGGCGGCACCAUCACCAACCUGCAAUUCAUUGCACGACGAUGCCCUGUCAUGAACAAGGCUCUGGCCGUCCAGAGUGCUCGUCUUGGUCACCGCAACUAUGGCAAGGUUGCCACCAGCACCGGUGUGGUCAAGUCGUUGUUGGAGAAGAAAUUGCACACCUCGGCUGAGAAAAAGGCCAGUGUUGACACGACCAUGUUCCGUCCGGCUCAGCAAGCACCUCCUCCGCAAAAGGCGCAAUCUUCCGUCAAGAAGCCAGACACCUACGCCGGCCCCAGGCCCAAUGCCCCACCAACUCCGCGCUUCGACUAUGACGCUUUCUACAACCAUGAACUCGAGAAGAAGCACAAGGACAAGUCGUACCGCUAUUUCAACAACAUCAAUCGCCUGGCGAAGGAGUUUCCACGAGCCCACAUGGCUGUCCCGGAAGAGAGGGUGACUGUCUGGUGCUCUAAUGACUACCUGGGUAUGGGUCGCAACAAGCACGUCCUGAAGACCAUGCACGAGACUCUGGAUAUGUAUGGAGCUGGUGCCGGGGGAACUAGAAAUAUUUCCGGCCAUAAUCAGCAUGCCGUGGCCUUGGAAAAGACUUUGGCCGAUCUUCAUGGCAAGGACGGAGCUCUGGUCUUCUCCUCCUGCUAUGUCGCCAAUGAUGCUACUUUGGCUACACUGGGCAGCAAACUACCCGACUGUGUCAUCCUCAGUGACAGCAUGAACCAUGCAUCCAUGAUCCAGGGUAUCCGUCAUUCGGGUGCCAAGAAGAUGGUAUUCAAGCAUAACGAUCUGGUCGACCUCGAAGCGAAACUGGCCAGCCUUCCACCUGAACAACCCAAAAUCAUUGCUUUUGAAUCCGUCUACAGUAUGUGCGGCUCAGUCGCACCCAUCGAGGCCAUUUGUGACCUGGCCGACAAGUAUGGUGCUAUCACGUUCUUGGAUGAAGUCCAUGCUGUCGGUAUGUACGGGCCGAGAGGCGCUGGCGUGGCCGAGCACCUCGACUAUGAAGUCUAUGCAAACCCGGCCCGCACCAAGGAAUCUCAAAGGGGCAGUGUCAUGGACAGAAUUGACAUUAUCACCGGUACGCUGGGUAAAGCGUACGGCUGCGUCGGUGGCUACAUCGCUGGCUCAGCUGCGCUCGUCGAUACCAUCAGGUCUCUUGCGCCUGGCUUCAUCUUCACCACCAGUCUCCCACCUGCAACUAUGGCAGGUGCUCGAACCGCGAUUGAGUAUCAAGCAAGAUACCAAGGUGACCGUCGUCUUCAACAAUUGCACACUCGAGCAUUGAAGGAUGAAUUGACCGGCCGCGGUAUUCCUGUCAUCCCCAACCCUUCGCACAUUGUUCCUGUCCUGGUCGGCGACGCAGAAACUGCCAAGCAAGCUUCCGACAUGCUCCUGUCUGACUACGGCAUCUACGUCCAAUCCAUCAACUAUCCAACAGUCCCCCGCGGAGAGGAGAGACUCCGUAUCACUCCUACACCGGGCCACACUGAUGACCUCCGGGCUGAACUUGUGGAUGCGCUCGAGAAUGUCUGGGACCGCCUCAACAUCAAGCGUGUGGCGGAUUGGGAAGCUCAAGGAGGUUUUGUCGGCGUGGGCGUCAAGGACGCCGAACCCGUCCAGCCUCUCUGGACCGAUACCCAGCUUGCACAUGCGGCGCAAGUCACCGAACCCGAGGUUGCCGAUGAAGCGACCGAGGAGCGCAUCAUGCCCAUCGCGGCGGCUGCGGCUUGA